AUACUGUAUAAUACGUCAUUGAACAAAACAUGGUAAACAUAACCUCAAAUAUUGUUUACAUUUAAAAAAUAUUAAUGAUUACUGUUUUUCUAAAAUAAAUAAUGUGAUUAGUGGUUGCUAAUGGCUGAAGAGAAAGAUUUCAACGACGUAUUAGAUGAGAUAUUUUUGAGUGAAGAGGAAGCGUAUAAAGAGAGCUACAAAGAGGGUUUUGCUGCUGGUACAGAAGCUGGGAAUCCAGAAGGUUAUCAUUUAGGAUACCACAGAGGGGCUGAACUGGGCCGUGAACUUGGUUACUACUACGGCAUCGUAACACACUACUUAGAUCAAAACGAAGUAUCAGAAACAAAAUAUUCUGAGAAAAUUAUAAAUCAAUUGACGAAGGUAAAAGACUUAAUUGCCAACUUCCCAAAGACAAAUUCAGAGGAACAUGACAUAUUGAGCAUGUCUGAAACAAUAAGGUCCCAGUAUAAGAAGGCCUGUGCUUUACUGAAGAUAUCUUCAGCUAAUCCAUAUGAUGCAGGAGUCUCAUUCUGAAAAUUUUAGUGGUAACCACACUCCUAUGACAUCAAUAAGGAAACUCCACCAUCAACUAGACAACAUCAUCAGAUAUCUGACACCACUACUGCCAAUAGCCAACUGUCACAUGGUCGAGUUCCUCACUGAAAACCACUGGAAUAAACUUCUUCCUGGAGCAUUGAGAGACAGUCUGGAUAAAGUGGAAUUAGAAGUUUCUUUACAAAAUUUUUGGCAAGCAGCAGAAGGACAUGAACAAACAGAUGUACCAGAACUAAAAAAAUGGGUAACAAACGCUCGCUCUUACUGUGUCACCGCCAACAAUGACUAUUGUUUGUCAAAACAACAGUUUCAUGACAAAAUCAAGUCUUGGGGUGCAGAACUCAAGGAGGAGAUUAGAGUUAAGGAGUUUAUGACAAGCAAGAAAAGUUAUGAGGUCCAAACCAUGUCCCAACUUGUGGCAUCCUUACACCACGCCACUGCGGCCACCUGUUGCGUAGAAGCGGGUGGCGGAAGAGGCCACUUGCCCGCCGCUUUAUCACUUGGGUACAAUAUACCCAGCCUCACCAUUGACUGUGACGAUAAAACAUUAGCAGCGGCUGUCGAACGGGUUAAAAUUAUCCAGAAAAAAUGGCAUGCAAUAGCUAAAAGAAUCAACAAAGGUAAAGAAGAGCGAGUAACAGGAAAUGCUAGUAACAAUAUACAUCGAUUCGCAAAGGUUUUUAUCACAAAUAACACAGAUCUGUGUGGGAUUGUAAAGGAAAAGUUCCCUGAAUUUGAGAAUCAGGAUGUGAAGUUACUUCUUACUGGUCUCCACACGUGUGGUAACCUGGGACCAGACUCCCUCCGGUUAUUUGCGACCAACGACCACAUUGCAACCGUGUUCAACGUGCCGUGUUGCUACCAUCUCCUAACAGAGACUGUCGAUGAGAACUUGUUCGACGUCUUCCAGAGAAAUUACGGUGGUGGAGUGAGCGAUGGAGUCCAGGGGUUUCCGAUGUCGGAAUAUUUGACAGGGUUUAGUCUAGGACGCAACGGUCGCAUGCUGGCGGCGCAAUCUAUAGACCGUGUGGUCAAUGAGAGGCAGUUGCCGUCCAAAAGUCUUUUAUACAGAGCGCUACUUCAGGACAUAAUAAAAAAGUAUUUACCUGACGUGAAAAUAACAGAAGGAAAAUUAAAACGCAUAUCGUCCAAAUGUUUAAAUUUCGAACAAUAUGUCAAUGCGGCCGACGCCAUCUUGAAAUUAGAUAUACUUGACAGAUUGUCAGAGCGCCAAUUGUCUAUAGAAGACGAAGACAGCCAAUGGAAAAAACUAGUUUUAUUCUAUUUGAUAAGGUUAUGUUUAGCGCAAGUUGUGGAAAGUGUAAUAUUACUGGACAGAGUAUUGUAUUUGUACGAGAAUGGGUCCGAAAAGGUACAUUUGGUUAAGUUGUUUGAUCCCGUCGUGUCGCCUCGAUGUCAUAGUAUUGUAGCUAUAAGAUAGCUACGGUCUAUAGCUAAAUACAUCUGUUUUAGUUACAAAUUGAAAUACAGGUCAUUUAUUUUAC